AUGCACGUCUUUGCAACACGUUGCCGAGCAUGUUAUUUUCUCGGGAGGUACUGUGUAGAGUGCCUUCACACCGAAGCAAAUGUGGCCCAUUUGUAUUGCCCCGAAUGUGGAGACAGCCUUUGUCUGAAUUGCUUCGAAAAACUGCAUGCCAAGGGGCACCGUGCGACCCACGAGCCCAAUCACUUCAUCCUGUGCGUGAUGUGCAAGGUGAUGCCUGCAAAGCUUCAGUGCACCUACACCAGGGGGAAGUAUUGUAGCGAUUGCUACCACAGGAAACAUGCCAAGACACUGCCGAAGUUCUUGGAUUUGAAACCUUUGAAGAUCGAUUACAAGCGUUCAGCCAAGUUGGAACGAGAAGAAAAGGCAAGAAAAGAAGGAAAGCAGCUUGAAUCACCUUUGACCAUCAUAGACCCAGAGGCAAAGGAGACCUUCUCCAAACCUGCACCGCUGGAGACCACCCUAGGAGAGAAAUGGCAUGCUUUUUAUGAUCUUCGCGGAGUGAAAUACUACUACAACUUUGAGACGCAGGAGUCCAUGAGACGGCCACAAGAUGACCUGGUGAUUCAAGAGGAGCCGGAGGACACCGCCUUCGCCGCCCAGCGGAAAGAGAUUUUGAUGAAGAUGGCUUUGUCCAAGGAGCCGCGGCUCAUGCCACAGUGGGAAGAGGGCAAAGAACGAGAACGAAGCAAAGGCGCCAUCCGGUCCAAGGGCGUCGGUCAUGAGAUGUCAUCAGAGGUUCGCAUAGCAUGGGUCGUUGGUCGGCCGCGUCGGCAUGACUUGUUGCUGCCAUAUUGUUUCAGACCUGUUUCAGACCCCUUCAAACAGGAAUUCAUGCAUGGUGCUGGUCCAUACGACGUGGAUGUUGGCGAUACGACGGAGGAUGAUAUUUGGUCAAGCGAAGAUUGGUCCCUCUUUGUGGAUGGAUUUGAUGCCGUGUGCUCUGUGAUCCGUGGUGACCGUCGCGCCAGUUUCACCGAAUCCACAUCUAAGAUGUGGCCGAAUGCGCAAGGUCGCUCGUCACAUGUCCUCGUGUUGUACCGCGAUCUCCAACUGCGACGGCUUCGUACCACACCCGCAGGGGAUCGUUUACUCAAGGUCCACUUUCCAGUGCCCGGCGAGUUGGAUGAAUCUCGGAAAACCCAUGACCCGUUUGACCCGUUUAGGCAGACAUCAGGCCAUCAGACCCAGCCGCAUAGGCUCUCGGUACACAGUGCCACUCCUCAGGACCUGGAGACAUUGCAGGAUGCACUUCAACAGCCUUCCGAUGGAUUGAAUCCCGAGCUGCAUGUGUUGCUGCUGAGUGAAACUGCUGAGCCCAUGGAGAAUCUUAUGGGCUGCGCAUCCUAUGAGUAUUUGGGCAUAUUCGGGCAGCGAGUGUGCUACAUUUGCGUGGCGGAGCCUUUCCGCCGUCGCGGUGUCUCCAAGCUCUUGAUGUCCACUUUGCAGAAGCAAAUGGAAGAGCGAGCAGCAAAACCACUGGCGUCAUGGCAGAAAGAUCACUAG